UUCCCACACCCUACCCACACCCUAUUCCCACACCCUACCCCUGUCCUAUCUCCUCAUCCAGUACCCCAGCCUCUCUACCAGGGAGACACCAGUCUACAGCGUUCAAGUUCUCCAGUACUAGCAGGUCCAGUCGUCAUCAUGUUCUAUGGGUCGUCCUCUACCUCGGGGGCCUCCAUGUCGCUGCCUUCCAAGAGCCGUCUCAAACGCCAGAGCAGAACGUUCACGCAGGUUCUGUACCGGACUCUGAGUUACCGGGAUCGUCCCCCGGCCGACCACACCUCCCGAGACCGCCGCUCCGUCACCGAACCCCCCGACGACGACCGUCCCCGUGACGACCCCGCGGAACUCUCCACCCAGAGCUCCGCCCCCGGCGUCCUGAAGAUCUUCGGAGAUGAGAUCUGCGAGGGCGCCAACUACAAGUCCGUCCUCGCCACGCCCCGGUCCAGCGCACAGGAACUGGUCAAAGAGGCGCUGGAACGCUAUUCGCUGAACAAAGCCUCCGCCCACUCCUACGUCCUCUGCGACGUGAUAGGUCAGCUGGAGGGGGGAGGAGGUGGAGGUCAGGAGGGAGGAGAGGGGGAAGGAGUAGGACAGGGGGAGGAGGGGGUGGAGGAGUGUCUGCGGGCGAUGGGCGACAACGAGAAACCGUUGUUGUUACAGGAACUAUGGAAGCCCAGAGAGGGACAUGCCAGGAGGUUUGAGCUGCGGAGGAGAGCGGAGGUAGAGGAGCUGAACGCUAAGGAGAAGGAUACAGUCACUGCAGAUAUCAACGCCCAGGCUAGGAAGCUACAGAGGAACAGAACUAAAGGGACUCUGACACUACCUCGACCUGGGACCACCUUCUGCCGUUCCCUCAGUGAGACCAGUCUCAACCAGUUGGGGGGUGCAGACGAGCCGAAGCGUUACUACUCCACCCUGCCGGGACCUCUGAGGACGAGGGGGAGUCAAGGGGGGGCCACGACCAGGAGGAAGGAGGGAGAGGGGGGAGGAGCGGGGGGAGGAGGGGUGAGACAUUCCCUCUACCAGUCCCCUCACCUGUUGCUGCUGCAGGGAUACAACAGACAGGACUGCCUGGUGUACCUGUUGAACAGAGAGCAGCACACUGUGGGUCAGGAGACCCCGUCAGCCCGUCCAAACAUCUGCCUGUCCUCUCCUGACAUCCUGCCACUCCACUGUCGCCUCCACCGGGUCCCUACCCCCCGUCGCCAUGGCAGCACCCCCAACAACAACAACAACCCCUCAGCAGCCGCCGCCGCCGUCACCGUCACCGGGGACGACCGCUCCUGCGUUGCCGUGGAGCCCAUCCCUCACGCGACGGUCCUGGUCAACUUCUCCCGGUGCGAGCAAUCCACCCAGCUCCGCCACGGCGACCUUCUGUCGUUCGGAGCCCACUACAUCUUCCUGUAUAAGGACCCAACCGGUGCCAAACCCCUCCCCGCCCAGACGCUGGCACGCCUCCGAACCCUGGGGCAGCUGUACGAGUGGGGAGGGGGUGGAGACGGAGGUUGGGACGGAGGGGGAGGGAUCUGUAAGACGUGUGGCUCGUUGUUAAAGGACAGGGGGCGUUGUCCUCCCAAACCGGCCCCCCCGCCAGGCGCAGUUUCAAACCACACCUGGUGAAACCCCAAGGCGGGGGGGCGGGGGGGACAGAAGAGACGCCUACAGCUCGACUUUGAACAGGCCCACGAGGACGCCCUGGUGAGCAGGAUCAUGUCUCUGAUCGAGCCGGGCGGAGACGACCACAAGUUAGCCCCUGCCUACCUGCUAUGUCUCUGCAUACAGCACUCUGCUUCCGCCUUCCCACCAGGCUGCUUCGGCAAAUUGCUGCUGAAGAUAGUACGAUGCAUACAGACCGUCUCCUGGGAGAAGACAAAGGAAUUGGCACAGAAGCAAGCUCAGCAUCAGGACCCGGCCUCCCUGUCUCUCCUGUCCAUCAGUGAUCUGAUCCCAGACCUGCAGGUCGUAUUCUUCUGGAUGUCCAACAGUAUAGAGAUCCUCUACUUCAUCCAACAGAAGGCCCCAGCAUACACACAGGGCAUAGAGACGCUCGACUCUAAAGGUUCCAAGGAGUCGUUGCUAUCGGCGACCAUCUCAGCCAAUGAGGAGGCUAUGACCAUCCUGGAGGAAGUGAUCAUGUACACCUUCCAGCAAUGUGUCUACUACAUCACCAAGUCCCUGUACGUAGUACUUCCUGGUCUACUGGACUGUAACCCAUUCCCAGUGGACAGCUCUGAACCCUGCUGGAGAGGAGGUACAGGGUUUCCUGAGCCCGUUCGCAGGGUCCUGCAGGUGUUCCAGUACAGUCAGGAGCUACUCCAGGGGUACCAGGUCCACCCAGAGGUCCAGGCCCAGAUGUUCUCCUACCUCUUCUUCUUCUCCAACGUAUCUCUCUUCAACCAGCUCAUGGACAAGGGUCCGUCGCGGGGCUGGUUCCAGCGCUCUAAGGUUCUCCAGGUACAGGCCUGUGUCAGGAUGGUUCUAGAGUGGACUAGGAAGGCGGGGCUUAGUUACCUGGCAGAUAAGUUCUUCAACAAGUUCAACAGCGCUGUCAGCAUCCUGGCCACACCUCCUCAGCAGCUAACACAGAUGAGUUGGAAGGUGCUGUGUGCAGACCACCCCAGUCUGAAGCCCGUUCAGCUGCAUGGCCUGUUGACUCAGUACCAGUUGACAGCUGAGAUGGGGCCUGUUCCAAUCUGGCAGCCCAGCAGUGAGGAUGAGGCAUACAUAUACAGGACAGUGGACCUUUUGGAGAGUUUCGAGAACCACCCCCCCAUCGUCCUCCCCAGCGGGGGGUUCAGAGUGGACCUGGACAGUGACUGUCUAGAGGACAGCAUCUAUAGGCAGCUACUCUAUGUCAAACACUUCCUCUGGGGGCUACGCACACACACCCACCCCACUAACUCAGACUCAGUCAUCUACCCUGGAGGAGCCAAGUCCCAGACAUGA